GAAGCCUGGGAACCAUUUAGGGAGCGGCCGUCCGAGGGAAUCGCAGGGACCGCUCGGUUUUUGGGUGUUUUGGGGUGGCAAAGCCCUGAUUGUCAUGGGCACAGGCACAGCGCGCACGCCACGUGGGCGGGAUGCAGCCAUGCACAGCCAUGCCGCUAUUGUGUCCAUGACAACAAGCCGUCCUCUGCUCUGUUUGUAAACAACGAUGGCGACCUCCAUUCCCUGUGACAUCGCGAGGACCUCCUGCCAGCGAGUUGAUUUCGCUGUUGACGCGUUCGGAGCGUCGAUUAAGGCGAAACGCGUCGAAGCCAGUCCGCGUGGCCGGAAUGCUUGAAGCGCUUGAAGCAGCGCCGCGGCCCGAGUCGAGGACCGAGUCGAGGACCGCGUCGAGGACGUGACGGAGAAUGUACAACACUGCCCUGGCGUGCUCCAGCGACAGUUUCGGCCCCAAGACGUACACCUUUGCCAGUCCUCCGCGAGCCGUCGCUCCGGGCAGGAGGAAGUAUGGCAAGAACCCGCAGCCGCCGUCUGACGACGGCCAGCUCUACUCCAACCUCAUGUACGACCGCAGGGUCGUUCGGGGAAACACCUUCGCUCACCAGCCCGUGGCCGCGGGGCUGCUGCCCGAGUGGAACCCCCACUUUGCGUACGCCAGGCUUCUUAGCCAGGACGCGCAGGACGCCACCGCGGCGGCGCUGCGGCAGGCCGAGGCCCGCAGGCGGGCUCUGGCGCGGCGGAAGGCCCAGCUGCAGCAGGGGCGGACCAACAGGGGGAGGCCCAGCACGCCACCGCCCGUCCCCGGGAGGCAGCACCUCGACGUCCAGACCGACCGCUACCUGGAGGAGAUCUUCGACAAGCCGCUGGAGGCCGAGGUGUGCUGCCAAACGGACCUGUUCGCCGAGCGCCCCGUCACCCCGCAGUUCGUGCCCGCCGCCGUGGGGAAGGACGCGGAGACCCAGAUCGAGCCCGGCGAGCUGUUCGACUUUGACGACGAGGUGACGCCGGUGCUGGAGGUGCUGGUGGGCCGCACCGUGGAGCAGGCGCUGGUGGAGGUGCUGGAGGAGGAGGAGACGGCCGCCACGCACAAGCACCGCGCGCGCCUCGAGGAGGCCCGGCUGCAGCAGCUGGAGGAGCAGGCCCGGCUGCAGGACAUGGAGCGCAGGCUGCAGCUGGAGAAGGAGCGGCGCGUGGCGGAGUACUCGUCGGCCCGGCGUGCCCACCAGGAGCUGGAGGAGCGCAUCGCGGCGGCCGCCCUGUCCAGCGACUACCUGCAGCAGCUGCUGCCCUCCGUGCUGGAGAGCCUGCACCACAUCAGCGACCCGGUGCAGCAAGACGUCGGGGACGACUUCAUGCCCUGGCUGAUGACGGAGGUGCAGGAGGAGAUGCAGAAGAUGAUCACGAGUAAAGACAUCAUUUCCGACAUCGUCCGCGACGUCCUGGAGACCAGGGCAGAACUGAAGCGCGCCACGGCCGACUCUCCGAGCGACGGCGUUGCCCGUCCGAGCCCCGAGGCCACCGUCGCCAGAGUGGUGGGCGAGUCCGGGGACGCGGGCGCCGCGCCCAUCGAGGACGCGUCGCCGCGCUGA